UCACCAAACUGAAGCCUAAUACUACCACCGUUCACAGCAUCCUGCUUGCCGGAACGAUAAACCAUGAUGGAACCUGCAAGGGUACACAAUUCUCCGACCCUUACGGGACUUGGCACAACGUCGUAGUAGAUGGAACUGUACGGAUAUCAUUAAAGUCAUCCUAUGUUCCUGUGCACCUAAAUUCUGGAAAAGUAAUGCUAAGAUCAGGAACUGUCUGCACACUGAGCGACGGUUUUUGCAUCGAUUUUGACGAUGGAUAUUCAUAUUGGAAACCAAUGCCCACAUCGUCUUGUAAUUUCCACCAGUACAACGUACUGUAUGAAGGAACGGCAGUUAAAAUGAAUGGAAUAAUGGAUACCAUUCAUCAGACUAUUUAUACUCUUGUCAGUCAGGAUACAACUUUUGCCUUGACAGCAGGAGGAAGUCAAGCCGUGUGUGGAUACACCCUACUCACCACGGAGCAUCCUAAACUAUUUAUCUUGGAGGCAGAAAAGGGAAACACCUUCGCGGAGCGAAGAGACAUCCCUGUGGAGAACCUCGAUAUUUUCACCUACGUCAACUCUAAAUUCGUGUACGUAGAAAAACAUAUACGACAUCAGAUGACAUCGUUGUAUCGUGACGUUAUUCAACAACGUUGCGAGUUGGAAAAGGAAGUGUUAAAAAACACACUGUCCUUCGCUACUCUUCAGCCAGACGAAUUCGCUUAUCGGCUCAUGAAAGGACCAGGUUACAUGGCCGUCACUGCAGGGGAAGCCGUUCAUGUCAUCAAGUGUAUACCAGUGGACGUCAUCGUACGCCGCACUAAGGAAUGUUAUAUUGAGCUACCGGUUACAGUACGCAACACUUCCCUCUUUAUCACACCAAAAUCACACGUGUUGACCAAGAUGGGAACCAUACGAGAGUGUAGCUACGAAUUGCCAACCCUUUAUCGAAUUGAGGAUACAUGGAUUGAACUUAUUCCGGAGCCACGUGUUCGCAGAACAUCGUUGCAGCAGUUACAACCUAUGACAAGUAUGUCAUGGAAUUAUUUAACGCCGGGACCACUAGCUUCCAGCGGAAUAUAUUCCCAGGCGGAUCUUGAUAAAAUCAGGGAUCAUAUAAUGUUCCCUGCUGAAAAGCCAGCGCUACUUAACAGCAUGGCUCGUGGAAUCACCGGACACGUCAUGCCUGACGAUACCAUGUCCAUUUACAACUUAUUGGAUGAAGCAUCAUUAAACAAAAUUGCUGAGUCAACUGCUAAACGGAUCUGGGGCGGAUUCAUCACAUUUGGAUCAGCCACAGCUGGAGUUUUUGGAGUAUUAUUAGUAGUACGACUAAUCAAGCUAGCCAUCGACACGAUGAUACAUGGUUAUGCUCUACAUUCAGCCUACGGAUGCAGUCUGUACGUGCUAGGAGCUAUCUGGAGCUCCUUGACUCAUCUGCUACUCUAUUUGGCCAGAGGUACAGCCAAACGCAGCCACACAGAUGGACGAGCAGAUCCCGAGGAACAACGAUCAUCGGAACCUGUGGAACCAGUAUUAUCGCAGUCUUUGUCGCAGAACAACCCUAGCAAUCAGCCAACUUCGCCGCAGGUGACUGACAGUGAAACCAUUGUAUACACAGACUUACAAAAACGUUUGCGUGAAUAUUAGAACCAUUUCCUCGAUUGCAUCGGAAAUGUUCUUAAAUAAGGGGGGGGAUGUGACGUCCUGACGUCCACCUCACACCCAUUUUUAAUUUUUUUUUAUUUACAAUAUUAAUUAUUAAU